UCUGGAUUCUUGUAUCCACAGCCCACUUCUUCAUCUGAAAGGACAGCACAGGAACCUAUAAGUAUCACAACCCGGAGCAAGCACAGGAAAUAUGCAGCUAGAGCAGCAGCAUUUCUUAGCAAGUCAAGAAGAAAACACCCAGUUACUAUAAUCUAUCAACCACAUCAAGACCUAAACUGUUGUACAGGGAGUUCUGCAAUGAGUUGUCUGGAUGUUAUGUGUCAUCACCAAGUUUAUGGAAUGCACCAGUAUUUGCCCAGCACAGCAGCAGCUUGCACCACAGCAUAUUACCAUCACCAUAAUCAACAGAAGAAAAUCACUGCAUGCAGUAAGAUGCAGGAAGCAGUAGAAGUUAGUUCACCAACUAAGCAAGAAGACGAUGAGAAAGACCAGCCUGCCGAGAUGGAGUACCUGAAUUCUCGUUGUGUCCUUUUUACAUAUUUUCAGGGAGAUAUUGGAGCUGUAGUAGAUGAACAUUUUUCAAGAGCAUUGAGUCAGAUCAGUUCCAUCAAUCCACAGAAUACAACGUCGAAGACCAAAAUAGCAACAAAUUCUUUAUGGAGAGACAGUUCUUCAAUAUCAUGCCAAAUGACUGGUUUUCCUCCAUCACUUUGGACAAACUCAUACCAGCCACCUGCCCCAACAUGUCUGAGUGGAGUCCAUCCAGACUUUCCUACAACAGCCACUGGAACAUUCUCAAGUACAGAGCAUAACAGCUGGCCUGGGGAUAGUGUGCAUCAGACUGUACCACCUCCUCAUUCUGCGGAGUCUUGGCAUUACCCACUGGCAGCACAAACAAGCUCACCUUAUGCCCACAUGCAUGAUGUUUAUAUGUAUCAUCAUCAUGCUCAUCCACAUAUGCACCAUCAUCACCACCAUCAUCGUCACCCAAGUACACAUCUAGGUCCACGAUAUGGACCACUGCUAAUGCCUUCUGUGCGUGCAACAAGAAUAUCUGCACCACAAUGUGAUGGUACAAAAAGUGAUCCCGCCACUGCCAUUACUGGUACCACAGCAUUGGCUGGAACUUUUCACGGCACUGUUGAUAUUAUUCCUAGCUUUGGAUUUGAAGCAGGUUUGCAGCAAGAUAAAGGAAAGGAGUCUCCUUGGUUCUGAAGAAUAUUUACUAAAGCUGUGCUCUGAAGAUGGAUUCUACUGUGGUUACGAGUUUUUGAAAUAAAAUAAAAUAAAUAUGAAAUGAUGCCAAGCAAUUCUUCUUAUUGAAGGAAGACAUUUUAUACAGUUGUUAAACAAUGUGAUUGCUCCUCUGAGCCUUCUGCAAUUAUUCACCAGUAUUUUUUUUAUUAUCGUCAUUUGUCCUGAAGCAAUUAUAUUUCUCAUCAUCUUUUAAGACUGGUUUUACACCUGUUUAUCUUGUGUAUCUAUUUUUUUAAAACUACAGAAAGCUUUUGUGUAGCAGCAAAGCGCUAUUUUCGAUGGACUUAUUUUUUUUAAAAAAAGUUUGUUAAAUUGUAAAGUUCUGUUUCAAGAACUGUGUCUCGGAGAAGCACUGGCAAACACAACUUUUUGUAUAAAAAAAAAUAUAUUUUUAAAUGUUUGUGAAGUGAUUGUGCCCUUUUGAAUAUUAUUGUUUCAUUGAUACCUCAGCAUUGAUAAAUGUGCCCAAACAAUAUUUUCUUGCUAGAAAAAAUAUUGCCUGAAAUAUAAAUUUUAUCAAAGCUUUAAGUCAUAGUAUUGUUUACCCCAGUAUUUCCUUCAGCUAUAUAAAAAAACAAUAAAUAUUUUCAUACUAAAUGCAAUUGUCAUUAUGUUUACAAAAUAUUUUGUUACUAGUUUUGCAACAAACUUUAAUGUACAAAAUGGACCAAAUGUUAACAUGAAUAUUACAUACUAUUUAAACAAAAGACCAAACAACACACUGUAAGUUCUUUUAACUAUUUGUUUUACUUCGUAGAUGUUUUCUGAUUUUUUUUUGUUAGAUAAAAUAAAGAUAUUUCUAUUAAUGUUCUUUUGAUAA